AGCAACGUUUAAAAUUUGUUGACAGGCGGUUAACCUCAAAAUAUUUUUAAAACUUUCAUUGUAAUUAUGGAAGCUUUAACCAUGAUUUAUCCACCGAAUAAACCGUUAGAACGGGCUUUAGAACCAUCAAAGCACCCGAUAAUGUAUGAUUACUUAUUAUUUAUUGAUGCGAAUAAGAAAGGUGAAUUAAUUGUGGGAUCUUCAAAUAUAUCCGGUACUUAUUGGGAGGGAACUUUACACCAUUACGAAUCUUUCAAAAGUCUCAAAGAAAAUUUUUAUUCUGGCUAUUUUAUUAGUAACACAACAACCUCCGAUGCUUUAUUCCUUGAUGAUAACAACGUUUUACUUUCGGAAGAUAAUGGUACUUUAUUAAUUUUAAACACGGAAGAAAAUAAUUAUAAUUUACUUUCUUGUCGAAAAAAGUUUUCAAAAUCUCAAAGAGUUACUAAACUUUCAACAUGGGGUUCUUACAAAGCUAUUGCUUCUUAUGGUGCCUCUAUAGAUGUGUAUGAUCUAGAAAGUGACCCAAUUACUUUAGAAAAUACUUAUUGUUAUUAUCAUACGGAUGUAAUAAGAUGUGUUGAUACAAAUAAAUCGGAUUUAAACUUAUUUUCUUCGUGUUCAAUGGAUAGAAAGGCUUGUGUUUGGGAUAUAAGAUUAAAAAAUCCUGCCAGUGUAAUGUAUCAAAACGAAUUUUGUCCAUUAAAUAGCAUCAUAUGGCUCCAAGACUCCCCUCAUUUAAUUAUUGGGAGUGAUUCCGGUGAUGUUUAUUCAUUGGAUAUUAGAAAACCAAAAGAAAUAUUAAAUGUAAUCGGAUGCUUUAACAAUAGCAUUUAUCGAAUGGCUCACAACAAUGGUUUAAUAGCUGUUUGUGGGGAUACAUCCCAAAUAAUCAUCCUUAAAUUUACUGCCAAUGGAGAAUUUGAAAAAAUUAAACAAAUUAAUGAUCAUAGUUCUGUUGUAAGAGGUGUAACAUGGUGUAAUAAUACUUUAUAUUCAUGUGGUUAUAACAAAGAAGUAUUCUCAAAUCAAAUUUAGUUCAAAUACACAUUUAAUUAAUUAAAAGAAUCAAAUCAAUAUGAGAUAAUGUAAUUUUAUUUAAACAGUUAUUU